GUAGUGAGUGUUUCCCUGCACCAAUUGUGCGUGCAUGGACAGAGUCAGGAACAGCUCCAAUCGCGAUUUUAUAACGGGAAACCCAACUGUGUUGCGACGUGUGUUUGCCGUCUGUUUGUUUGUUGCCUACUGAACAACUCCGUUGCCUCCUCUUGGUCCUCUCUGCUCUUUCCCUAUCCCGCUUCUCUUCUUCUACUCUGCUCACUGUUUAAUAUUUUUUUCUCGUUUAUGAGUUAGUUGACGAGCUUAUCAUGUCGUGUUCUUAUUCUUUGUUGUUUUUAAUUUUUUAUGGUUUUGAUGGUUUGUGAGUAUUGGAGGGUGAUUGUUUCUUUGCGGUUUUAGUUUCUUUUUGUGGUUUUGUUGAGGUUGAGAGUGUUUUGGAGUUAGGGUAGGGGUUUGGCAAAGGGAAAUUGUGGCGAUGGAUGAUCAGCCGCAGUCGAAGCGGAGGAGGAGGCCGAGUGUGAGACUGGGAGAAAUCGGCUAUGCGGCGCCCUACGAUGCGUCGUCGUUGUGGGUGGAAGCGCCUAGGCAACGGAGGAAGCAAGUCGGAGCGGGGAAGUCGCCAUCGGCGGAGGUGUUGAGUAUAGGAAAGGGGAAUAGUGGUAAGAAGGCACCGCGAACUCGGCCCCUCGAGCAGGUGGCGGGGGACAAAGUGGUGAUGGAGGAGGAGUGGGAGGUGAUUGAACCCAUUGCAGCGUCUGAAGAUGAGCAGAGGUUUGUGACAGCGGUGCAAAAAUUGGUAAAUGCUGCAGGUCCGGGUGGUAGUAGCACGCCCGUGAAGGAACAGCAGGCGAAGCGGCACACUGGCGUCUUAAGGAAAGUGAAUAAUAAAGUGCGCGGUAAGGGGCCUGGAGGACCCCGUCUGGGAUGGAGAUCGAGCGGUAAGCACGAAGGUAUUAGGUCCAAACCUCCGCUUGGCGCCGAUUCGCCGGAAAGCAGAGGAGACGAAGAGGACGACGACGAGGUGGAUAAGGAAAUUCUUCCUUUACAGGCGGACGAUGAAGCUCCAUUUUUGGCUGAAACAUCUUCAGAUUCCGAUGAACCUCUAGGAAGUGGUUUGAAAGUAGAAGAGGAUAUGCCAGCUGAUGAUUCGGAGAAUGGCGCCUCCGCAGGUAGCGAGGAUGGCGACGCUGGCGCUAAUCCCAAUAAUCAUGGCGACGAAAUACAGGGUGCGAUUGAGGAUGGUCCAGGGCAAGCAAAUGGAAAAGGGUUUAGUAAAAUGAAACAACGUGAGGGAGAACGAAGAUCAGGAAGGCAGGCUGCAAGUAGGGACGUGGAAAUUAGGGAUAGUGAGAAUCGGGAUAUGGCGAGUGCAGAUAUUGUAGGUAGAGACAAGGGCGUUUCGAGUAGAGAAAUCGCGGGAGAACCUAGCGGGCGCUUCCAGGCUGCUGCAGCGGUAGCAGAUGGAACGACCACUAUCACUCCCAGUUCCAGCCAGAGAGGUUUGCUGUCUGCAGGGGUCAGUGGAUGGUUACAAGACCUUGGAUUGGGAAAGUACUCAGAAUUGUUUGAACUCAACGAAGUUGAUACUGAAGUACUUCCACUUCUAACCAUGGAUGAUCUACGAGAAAUGGGAGUGGACGCCGUUGGUGCCCGACGCAAGAUGUUCACAGCUAUUCAAGAACUGGGACAGAUUCGUGGAAUUUAAUGCACCCCAAAAGGCAGCAGGUUGAUUCUUUCAAGGUCUUCUAGGUUCGGUCGAGGUUAAGCAGCAGGACAUUUACACUUGUCGUGAUUAAGUGUAUCAUUUAUCUUAGGUUCCCUUUGAUUUUGUACAUUCUGAUCAAUUAAUAUAAGUACACGUUGCCAUGCA